AUGGCUUCUUCUACUAAAGUCGCUCUUAUCACCGGCGGUGUUAAGAAUCUUGGAGCUCAAAGUGCCCUCGAGCUAGCUAGCGUGGGCGUCAAUUUGGCCCUUCACUAUCAUUCACCCGGCAGUGAAAAGGCCGCAUUGGCACUAGAAACCACUCUCAAGGAAACCCACCCUUCAAUCAAAGUUCGCUUCUACCAAGGCGAUUUGACCUCUGCAGCUGCAGUGACGAAACUGUUCCAAGACGUUGUUCGUGACUUCGGCCAUGUUGAUAUUGUGAUCAACACCGUCGGCAAAGUUCUGAAGAAGCCUAUCACUGAGAUUAGCGAAGAGGAGUAUGAUGCGAUGUUCGCGGUGAACUCCAAGACUGCGUUCUUCGUUCUUAAGGAGGCCGCUGCUCAUGUGACCGAUGGCGGAAAGAUUAUCAGCAUUGUGACUGCGCUCCUAGGAGCGUUUACCGGGUACUAUACUUCUUAUGCUGGUAGUAAGGCACCCGUCGAGCACUUUACUCGGGGUGUUUCCAAAGAGCUUCAGGCGCGCAGAAUUAGUGUGAACAACAUCGCACCGGGACCAAUGGAUACACCCUUUUUCUACGGAGAGGAAUCUCCAGAAGCCGUGGAAUUCCACAAAGCAAAUGGCAUGGGCAACCGGCUUACUAUGGUUGAGGACAUUGCUCCUAUCAUUCGCUUCCUUUGCACCGAUGGUGCUUGGAUUACCGGCCAGACUAUUUUUGCCAACGGUGGAUACACUACUCGUUAA